UUUUUUUCUUCUUCUUUUAUUCUUUGUACACUCUCUCCAUCAAUCUUCACGCGCUCACUUUUUUUAUACAUUCAAAACAAUGCAUAUCCAGGGGAAAGCAUUUGUUGUUACUGGCGGUAGCUCCGGGCUUGGUGAGGCGACAGUUCGCGCUAUAGUAGCAAAGGGCGGCAAGGUUGUGAUUUUCGACAUCAAUGAGGAGCGUGGGGAGGCCAUUGCUGCAGAAUACCCGGAUACCGUCCUCUGGCCUGGUGCAACUGACGUUGCCAGUGAGGAUUCAGUCUUGUCUUCGAUCGAAAAGGGUGUACAAAAAUUUGGCAAUCUCUCGGGCGUUAUUAACUGUGGAGGCAUAGGCAUGGCUCAAAAGAUCGUGUUCAGAAAUGGAGAACCACAGUCAUUGAAUAUCUUUGAGGAAGUCAUUAGGAUCAACUUGAUUGGCACAUUCAACGUUUGCAGAUUGAUUGCUGCACAUAUUGUUGCUAACGUUAAAGAGCAGACUGAGAAAGAUGAGGACCCUGGUAUCAUCAUUAAUGUCGCAUCAAUUGCUUAUACAGAAGGACAAUCUGGUCAAACCGCUUACUCUGCCUCCAAAGGUGGUGUUGCUGGCAUGACUCUACCCAUGGCCCGUGACUUGGCAGGCUAUGUCCGUGUCUGCACCAUUGCCCCAGGGGUCUUUAGCACGCCUAUGGGCAACUCAAUCAAGCAAUCCGUGUUGGAAAAACACAUGAUUCAUCCUUACCGUGCGGGUAAGCCCAGUGAAUUUGCACACCUGGCUUGUGCUAUUAUCGAGAACCCAAUGAUGAACGGUGAAAUCGUUCGCAUUGAUGGUGCUGUUCGCCUCGGAAAGCUGUAGAAGCAAAUAAAUAAAUGACAAAUAAAAAAUAAAAUAAAGACAAUC